CAGCAAGCCGGCGGGGAAGCCGGGAGAUGCAUGACGAAGGAGGCGCGUGACGGAGAAGCGGUUGACCGAAGCUGCGGCAGCAGGCGGUGUAAACAAGAUCUCGCGCCUCUGCGGGUCCUGCGACCGCUCCUAGCUGAGCAGACUUGCUUCACCAAACCCAAGGAGGUGACCAGAGGAGCCCCUGUACAGGACCUAAGGAUGCUGUGACCAGAAGAUGGGAUCUCGGAACAGCAGCAGCGCAGGAUCCGGGUCCGGAGACCCCUCUGAGGGCUUGUCCCGAAGAGGGGCUGGCCUGCGUCGGAGUGAGGAAGAGGAAGAGGAGGAUGAAGAUGUGGAUCUGGCCCAGGUACUGGCCUAUCUCCUUCGCAGAGGCCAAGUGAGGUUGGUGCAGGGAGGAGGUGCAGCAAAUUUACAACUCAUCCAGGCCCUCUCGGACUCAGAGGAAGAGCAUGACAGUGCCUGGGAUGGUCGUCUUGGAGAUCGAUACAAUCCACCUGUGGAUGCAACCCCUGACACUCGAGAACUGGAAUGCAACGAGAUCAAGACACAGGUGGAACUGGCCACAGGGCGGCUGGGACUUAGGCAGGCAGCCCAGGAGCACAGUUUUCCUCGAAUGUUACACCAGAGAGAACGGGGCCUCUGCCACCGGGGAAGCUUCUCCCUUGGAGAACGGUCUCGAGUGAUGUCUCACUUCUUGCCCAAUGAUCUGGGCUUCACUGAUACCUACUCACAGAAGGCUUUCUGUGGCAUCUACAGCAAAGAUGGUCAAAUCUUCAUGUCUGCUUGCCAAGACCAGACAAUCCGACUGUAUGACUGCCGAUAUGGCCGCUUCCAUAAAUUCAAGAGUAUCAAGGCCCGGGAUGUAGGCUGGAGUGUCCUAGAUGUGGCCUUCACCCCUGAUGGGAACCACUUCCUCUACUCCAGCUGGUCUGAUUACAUUCAUAUCUGCAACAUUUAUGGGGAAGGAGACACACACACUGCCCUGGAUCUGAGGCCAGACGAGCGUCGUUUUGCUGUCUUCUCCAUUGCCGUCUCCUCAGAUGGAAGAGAAAUACUUGGGGGGGCCAAUGAUGGUUGUCUGUAUGUCUUUGACCGAGAACAAAACCGGCGCACCCUUCAGAUUGAGUCUCAUGAAGAUGAUGUGAAUGCAGUGGCCUUUGCUGAUAUAAGCUCCCAGAUCCUGUUUUGGGGAGAUGAUGCCAUCUGCAAAGUGUGGGAUCGCCGCACCAUGCGGGAGGAUGACCCCAAGCCUGUGGGUGCACUGGCUGGACACCAGGAUGGCAUCACGUUCAUUGACAGCAAGGGUGAUGCCCGGUAUCUCAUCUCCAACUCCAAAGACCAGACCAUCAAGCUCUGGGAUAUCCGACGCUUUUCCAGCCGGGAAGGCAUGGAAGCCUCACGCCAGGCUGCCACCCAGCAAAACUGGGACUACCGUUGGCAGCAAGUCCCCAAAAAAGCCUGGCGGAAGCUGAAGCUCCCAGGGGACAGCUCCUUGAUGACCUACCGAGGCCAUGGGGUGCUGCACACCCUCAUCCGCUGCCGCUUCUCCCCAACUCAUAGCACGGGCCAGCAGUUCAUCUAUAGUGGCUGCUCCACUGGCAAAGUGGUUGUAUACGAUCUCCUCAGCGGCCACAUCGUGAAGAAGCUGACCAACCAUAAGGCCUGUGUGCGGGAUGUCAGUUGGCACCCCUUUGAAGAGAAGAUUGUCAGCAGUUCGUGGGACGGGAACCUGCGUCUGUGGCAGUAUCGCCAGGCUGAGUACUUCCAGGAUGACAUGCCAGAGUCAGAGGAACGUUCCGGUGCCCCUACCCCGGUGUCCCGCUCCUCUACAGCCUUUUCCUCACCCCAGUAGAUCUGAUGUCCAGCCCCUUACUGGAUGAACCUCUCAACAGAUUCUCUGCCUCUUUCUCCUCCUCUUUCCCUUCUGGGGAAUGUCUGGAGGAAUCUCUGGAAUUGGGUGGCAAGAAAUGGAAGCCCAGGCUCUGGAUCCCAGCCUAGCCCUGGAAGAUCCACCCCACAGGGCCAGGUGGUCUUCUCAUGUAUGCAUACCCAGUAGGCUUGGGUUCCUAUCUCUGGCCAGGGUCUGGUGGGACUGCUGUUAUCUGUGGUAUGACUUCUUCCAGCAAGAAAACUGUCCUGAGUGUUUUUAAUCAUGUUUGGAUGUUAGGUGUUGGCUCCUAGAGUAGAUGCCUGAGGACAGGUCUCAAUGGACCUGUCAGCCAAUCCCAUUGCCCAGGUCUUCACAUUGAGGAUUAGAUUGGCCAGUCAGAGAGCCAGGUGUCCUGGCCUUUCUUCCUGAGGUCUAAAGGGGUGGGGAGGGCAGGAUGGAUAAAGGUGUCUCCUUAGCACUCUCCUGGGGUGAGGAUUAUGUCUUCUCUCUCAUGCCUGGUUCUUUGGGUUUGGACAGGCUGUGAUGUGAGAGGCAGGGGUCUCCAAAAGUUCCACAUGGCCCCACAUGGCACAGACCCUACCUUUCCGAGGGUCCUGUCAUGUUGGAGUCAGCAGCUUCAAGGAAGGAGGUUGAAGUAGGGCUCCUCCCUCCUCUCACUGGCUUUGGCUCCCUCAAUAAACCCUCUGUGGGAACCUGGCUCAGUGUCUCUGCUCACUGUCUCUUUUUCAUAUCUUAGUUCUUUUGUCCUCUCACUUCAGGAAAACAGUUUUCAACAAAGUCUUCAGGUAUGCUCCUCUGUAGAAGAAAAAAUCUUUUUGACACCCUAUGAGAAAAGAAAAUAUUAAAAUUGUUUAUUAACUGAGCCUUGCAACAGGCCCUUCCUACCACUCUCAGAAACUUCCCAGGAGAUAGCAAAAGAUAAGCACGUUUUCUGUUUCAGACCAGGAAUACCUGUGAACAGCUCUAUUCUGGAGCUGCUCCAGUCUUCAGAAGAGGUGGUAAGUGAAUAAAGAGCCAGAGAACCCCAUCCGGAUGCCUCCUACUCAGAACCUCAGACCUCAGAGGAGGGCUAAGUGAGAUUGUUUCACAUCUGGCUCCGACUAGAUCUUUCCUGACAGCAUGUCUUGCUCUCUAAGGCAACUUUCAAAAAGGUGCACACUUUCAAGGGUGCUCAUAGCAAAGGGUGAAAGGGGUACCUAUUUAAGAGCCAGAUAGGUAAGGUGUUUUUGUUGAAAGGUGAGGUCUUACUACGUUCCCCAAACUGAUCUCAGACUCCUGGACGGAAGUAAUUGUCCUACCUCAGCUUGCCAAGUAGCUGGGACUACAGGAGUAUGCCAUCAUGCCUAACCCCAAAUAGGUACUAUUAAAGGAUAACUGUCCAGCUCCUCAGCCUCUGUAUGUUCUUGUUCCUCAUAUUAAUCUACCUAGUGUGAAGCUGUCAUGAUAGAUCUUCUUUCCUAUCUGCCCUUUUAGUCCCCCUCUAUCACUUCACCCCCAGGAUGCCACCCAGCUCACCUAGAAUCUGUAUUGUUUAUAGGAUGCCAAAUUAAGAGGCAAAUUAAAAUCAAUAUCCCCAAAGCCUCAUCUGAUCCGGGUCUCAGGGACCAUCCAUCCUCUCAGGCAUUUUCAAUAUAAUUUAAUGUUAUUGAAGUGUGUAAACUGUUUUUAUACUAAGCAUAUAUUUUUGUAGUAUUAACAAUUAUAAUGAAAAUUCAAUCCAGAAAAAGUUUUAGGACUUAAUGAUCACAGGAAAAAUUUUUUAAAUUUUAAAUUACAUACUUUUUUGCAAAAAAAUGUGGCAAGUGACCAAUAAAAGACUUUCCAGCACAAAAGCAUUAGGACAAAUUCUGUGGGGGAAUUUCUAUAGAAUAGAAAUAUGAUCUCUAAUUGAAUAUCUUCUCAUAUUUUUUACAGUGGAUAAUAAUGAGAUAGUUCAUCACUGUAGUGUUUAGAUUACACCUGAACACAUUUAAAGAGUGAUAUAGGGCUGGAGAUGUAGCCCAGAUGUAGAGCAUUUGCCUAGCAUACACGAAGCCCUGGGUUCCAUCCCCAGUAUUGCAAGGAAAAAAAAAAAAAGUGACAGCUUUAUUUUCAAAUGUCAGCAGAUAAAAUACACUAGAAAAUACGUCCUUUUAAACUAUUCAGAA